AUGUUUCCGCGGUUGACAUUAAUCUUCUUUAUAUCUUUCUUUGUAAUUCAUUCCCUUCAUGUAUCAGCAAAGACAUGGUGUGUGUCUGAUCCAUCGGCAUCCGAAGCACAACUACAAGUUAACCUAGAUUGGUUAUGUGGUAACCUUGAUUGUGGAAUAGUCAAGUCUGGUGGAUCUUGCUACGAACCAAAUACUGUUGCUAGCCAUGCAUCUUAUAUGAUGAAUGUAUACUAUCAGUUAAACGGAGCCACUAAAGAGGCAUGUUAUUUCACUCUUUCUGGUCGAAUCAUUGAGAGUAAUCCAAGUUAUGGGGGUUGUGUGUAUAUUUAG